UGUGUUUCUUUAGACAGUAUUCGUAGACCGUUACCGUUCCUUUGAGAGGUAAAAUCUUACAAUGACAUGAGAAUACAGACGCAAGGAAAGAUUUCUACAAGCUCCUUAAGACAUACCAACCCGUAGCUACUCUAACAACAAGCGGCACCAUCAUCAAGAAGAAAUGGAUUCGACACCAGAAAUGGUAGUUGUGAAGGAGGAAGACUGCGAUCAAAUUGCGGAUAUGAAUAUGACAGAUGAAAGAGAGGAAGAUCGUACGUCGGGAAUGAACAUCGUGAUUAAGUCGGAAGAGGAAGGGGAUGAAUUUUACGGUUUUCCUCAGACAGAUGAGCGACCUUGUCCUGUAGUACAUUUUGGCAGCUGUUCAUCUGUCAGUUCGCCUGAAAUAUAUAAAUGCAAAGAACGACUCGAAAUCCAAAAGGAGGACAAGCCCCAUCGCUGCCCGGAAUGUGGGAAGAGCUUCACAAGACCUGAGCACCUUAAAGUGCAUCAGAGAGUGCACAGCGGGGAGAGGCCGUACUGCUGUUCCCAGUGCGGCAAAUGUUUUAUUUAUUCAGGAAACCUGAGAGAACAUCAGAAAACUCAUAGCCGGCGGAAGCCUUACCACUGCUUGUACUGCUGUAAGAGAUUCACACGUUUACAAGGCCUUAAGGAACAUCAGAGAACGCACACCGGAGAGAGGCCUUACCAAUGCUCCCAGUGCGGCAUGAGUUUCUCUCAGUCAGUGAAGUUUAAAGCCCACAUGAGAAUACACACAGGAGAGAGACCUUACCACUGCACCAUGUGCGAAGAGUGUUUCAGUGACUUUUUGGACUUUAAAAAACACUUGAGCACUCAUAAUGCUGAAUUGUCUUGCCAUUGGCCACAGUGUGGAAAGAUAUUUAGUGAUGCCUCAAGCUUUAAAAUACAUCUGAGAAGCCACACAGGAGAAAAACCGUACCAGUGUUCAGAGUGCGAAAAGUGUUUCAACGCUGCCUCGAGUCUUAGAAGACAUAACAAAAUACACACUGGAGAGAAGCCCUUCGGUUGCUCCGAGUGCGAUAAAAGUUUUGCACGCCUUGGCCAUCUCAAAAAACACGAGAGAACUCACACCGGAGAGAAGCCCUAUCAUUGUGCAGAGUGCGGGAAGAAUUUCAGUUGUUCAGAACUCCUUAAGAAACAUCGGAGGGUACAUACCGGCGAAGAGCCGUACCACUGCUCUUACUGUGGCAAGAGAUUCAAACAGUCGUCAAAUCUCAAAGCUCACCUGAGAACACAUACGGGAGAAAAGCCCUACUGCUGUUCUAAAUGCGGCAAGAGGUUCUCCCAGUCGGCACACUUAAAAGAGCACCAAAAAACUCAUGCAUGACAGACACAUGACACUUUUGA